UUCCUAGUAUCAUUCUGUACACAGGACUCUUCAUUUGGUAUGGAAAUGUCUUCUUACCUGUUUCCUGUUCGGCUGGGAGUUCCUAGAUGCUAGAGGAUGUCUUACCUUUUCCUGUUCCUGGAGUAUCGUUCUCAAUAAAUGUCUCUGAGUGGGUGGAUGAAUGAAAGCGAGUGGAGUGACUUCAGGGCCAUUAAGAACCGCUGUGUUGGGAGCUCCUUUGGGCCUGUCCCUGAGGCUCCUCUUACGUGUCUCAAAGAGUGGCCCAGAGCCUCCACGGGAGCGGAUGGGGACCAAUCUGCGAUGGGAGCCCAGCCUGGCACACCUUUUGAGCUGGCCUGGAUCUUGUUUGAACAUCUCCUGCGUGGAAGGCAGCGUUCGGGCUCUGUAGGAGUAUAAAAGACCUAUGAGAGAAGGGUACCAUGCCCGUGGAAAGGAUGCGAAUGCGCCCAUGGCUGGAGGAACAGAUAAAUUCAAAUACGAUACCGGGGCUGAAGUGGCUUAACAAGGAAAAGAAGAUUUUCCAGAUCCCUUGGAUGCAUGCGGCUAGACAUGGGUGGGAUGUGGAAAAAGAUGCACCACUCUUUAGAAACUGGGCCAUCCACACAGGAAAGCAUCAACCAGGAGUAGAUAAACCUGAUCCAAAAACAUGGAAGGCGAAUUUUCGAUGUGCCAUGAACUCCUUGCCUGACAUUGAAGAAGUCAAGGAUAAAAGUAUAAAGAAAGGAAACAAUGCCUUCAGAGUAUACCGGAUGUUGCCGUUGUCUGAAAGACCUUCUAAGAAAGGAAAGAAACCAAAGACAGAAAAAGAAGACAGAGUGAAGCACAUCAAGCAAGAACCAGUUGAGUCAUCUUUGGGGCUUAGUAAUGGAGUAAGUGAUCUUUCUCCUGAGUAUGCCGUCCUGACUUCAGCUAUAAAAAAUGAAGUGGAUAGUACGGUGAACAUCAUAGUUGUAGGACAGCCACAUCUGGACAGCAACAUCGAGGAUCAAGAGAUUGUCACUAAUCCUCCGGACAUUUGCCAGGUUGUAGAGGUGACCACCGAGAGUGACGAACAGCCGGUCAGCAUGAGCGAGCUCUAUCCUCUGCAGAUUUCCCCCGUGUCUUCCUAUGCAGAAAGCGAAACUACCGAUAGUGUGCCCAGUGAUGAAGAGAGCGCCGAGGGACGACCACACUGGCGGAAGAGGAACAUUGAAGGCAAACAGUACCUCAGCAACAUGGGGACACGAAGCACCUACCUGCUGCCCAGCAUGGCAACCUUCGUUACUUCCAACAAACCUGACCUCCAGGUCACCAUCAAAGAGGAGAGCUGUCCGGUGCCUUACAACAGCUCGUGGCCCACUUUACCAGACCUCCCCCUCCCGCCCUCCGUGACCCCAGCGCCCAGCAGCAGUCGGCCGGACCGGGAGACGCGGGCCAGCGUCAUCAAGAAAACGUCAGAUAUCACCCAGGCCCGCGUCAAGAGCUGUUAAGCCUUUGACUUCCCCCGGUGGUCGUUGGGAUGUCUUGGCUGUGUUUUGUUGUUUGUUUGUAUUUUAUUUUUCUCUCUGACACCUAUCUUAGACAAAUCUAAGGGAAAAAGCCUUGACAAUAGAACAUUGAUUGCUGUGUCCAUCUCCAGUACUGGAGCUUCGUUUUAACUCAGGACUCCAGCCCAUUGGUAGACGCGUGUCUCUAGAGCCUGCUGGAUCUCCCAGGGCUGCUCCCUCAAGUUCAAGGACGUCAUAGGACCAACACCCACACGGGCAGCGCGGUGCUGCAUUGCCUGCGGUCAAGGCCAGCACAGUGGAGUGGAUGCCUCAGAACGGAUGAGAAAAUGUGAACUAGCUGGAAUUUUGUGUUCUUGUGAAUAUGUACAUAGGGCAGCACUAGCGACGUUGCAGUCUGCUUCUGCACCUUAUCUUAAAGCACUUACAGAUAGACCUUCUUCUUGUGAUCUCGCUCUAUUUCACGGCACAUUUCAGCGUUCCCCCUUCGCGGCCCUUUGUGUCCUGCCUCCCGGCCCGGCCCCUCCACUUCCUUUCCUCCUUGUCCUCCCCACAGAGGCUGCGUUCCGCAUCCCUGAGGAGGAGAAGAAGAAAAAGAGCUUCUCCACAGAUGUCCCAUUUUUAAGACUGCUUUAAAAAAAAAGAAAGAAAGAAAGAGAAAAUCUAAUCUGCUGUGCUUGAAUGCCACGCGGUACAGAGGAAAACUAUCAUGGAGAUAUUAUGCAAAUUCCCAGAUUUGAAGACAAAAAUAUUCUAAUUCUAACCAGAGCAAGCUUUUUUAUUUUUUAUACAGGGGAAUAUUUUAUUCAAGGUAAAAUUCUAAAGAAAAUAUAAUUGUUUUUUAUCUUUUCUACAGCAAAUUUAUAAUUUUAAGAUUCCUUUUCUUGUUUAUCAGCAGUUGUUAUUACAUCCUUGUGGCACAUUUUUUUUUAAUUUUGUAAAGGUGAAAAAGCUUUUAUGAGCUCAUGUAGCAAUCAAAUUAUCCUGUGGAUUGAUAAUAAAUGAAUAUGAUAUAUAGUUAAAUUUUUAA